AUGAUCGACGCCUAUGACGUGCUGGGCCUGUCACUGGAUUGUAAGGAGGAGGAUGUCAAAAAGGCGUAUCACAAAAUGUCCCUCCAGUACCAUCCCGACAAGGUGGGCGGCGGUGCAGAGGCGACGAAGAAGUUCAAUGAAAUUAAGAGCGCUAGAGAGAUACUGCAGGAUUCCGAGCGGAGAAGGAUGUACGACACCUUCGGCAUGGACUUAGGCGAGGAGCGGCCUGAAAUGGAGGUUUGGAGCAUCGGCAUCACCACCCUGCUGAACCCCAUGGGCGGCUACGUCCUGAAGACAAUCGUGGCGCGCCUGGUGCUUUGGCUGAUCGGCUGGGCUUGGAUUGGCCGUCUUCUGAUGCUGCUGGGCCUGGUUGCUUUCAUCCUCUAUUGGAGGGAUGCAAAGAUCGGGGAAUACUCAGCACGGUCCGAAGAUAUCAUAUCAAUCUUUCUUACUGUCUUCGUCAUCGAUGCAGUGAUCAUCGUGAAUUGGCUGUGGUCGCUCCUGGCCGAAACGGUUUGCGUGUUCUACCUGUUUUCCGAGAUGGUGAGUUUGCAGGUCUUCUUCGAGAGCUGGAAGCUCGCAUCCUUGGCUGGGGUGGUCUCUCUUUUUCUGGCCUGGCUGCUCCGCGGUUGGUGGCUUUGGAUAAUAGGGCUGCAGAUUGUCUUGGCUGUUGUCCUCCUGAUAGCGCUCACAAUUUCGUCGGGCAUCGUGCGCUUGUGGAUAGAUGCAGUCUUCACACAGCACAGUGAGAAGCUUAAAGAGUGGCGCGUGAAUUUGCGCGAGAGAAGGAAAGAGAUGCAGGACGAGCUGUCGCAGCUCAAGAAGAAGCUACAUUCGCUGGAGGAGGAGAAUGAACAGCUCAAGAAGAAGAGAAAAACGUGA